UUCGCCACCGAUGGCGCCACUGUUACCAAGAAUUGUGUGCAUGAAUCGAGCGAGUAUACUAACAUAUUAAUGAAAAAUUAAAGAAACUUUAUUAUUGAAGUAAUUAACUCCUACGGUGUUAUUUUUUAAAGUGAAUCGUUAAAUAAAUCAGUCAAAAUGGGUAAACGUCAACAUCAAAAAGACAAAAUGUAUUUAACAUAUACAGAAUGGACAACAUUGUAUGGUGGAAAGAGGUCAGGUACUUCUGACUCUAAUGAAGAUUCAACAUUUCGUCGUUUACCUUUUGACCAUUGUUGUUUAAGUUUGCAACCCUUUGAACAUCCCUAUUGUGAUGCACAGGGAAAUAUCUUUGAAUUAGAACCAAUAUUAGAAUAUAUAAAGAGAUAUAAGCACAAUCCUGUUACUGGGAAGCCUUUAGAUCCAAAGUCUUUAAUAAAAUUAAAUUUUUUUAAGAAUGCGGAAGGACAAUAUCAUUGUCCAGUUUUAUUUAAACUGUUUAGUAAACAUUCUCAUAUUGUUGCUAUUAAAACAACAGGAAAUGUGUUUUCACACGAGGCAGUAGAACAAUUGAAUAUAAAAACACGUAAUUGGAAAGAUUUAGUGAAUGAUCAACCUUUUGCACGUAAGGACAUUAUUGUAAUUCAAGAUCCAAGCUAUGCCACAAAAUUUAAUUUAUCAACUUUUCAUCAUAUCAAAAAUAAUAUAAGAGUUGAAGAUGAAGAAACUAUAAAAGAAAGAAGUAAUCCAAAUGCAAAAUUGAAAACUGUAUCAAUGGAAACUAAAGAAAUAUUAGCAGAGUUGGAUAGAGAUUAUAAACAAGCUGAAACCAAGCAUGAAAUUUCUAAACCAAAAGCAGAUAAAUUUAAUGCAGCACACUACUCUACUGGUGCUGUAGCAGCUGGGUUUACAUCAACAGUAAUGCCAACAGAAACUAUGCAUCAAGCAGCGGUUAUCGCGGAAGAUUUAGUACGAUACGAGAGAGUAAAAAAGAAAGGAUAUGUAAGGAUUGUCACAAACUAUGGUGCUUUGAACUUAGAGCUUCACUGUGAUCUUGUUCCAAAAACGUGUGAAAAUUUUAUAAAACAUUGUCAGAACACGUACUAUGAUGGAACAAAAUUUCAUAGAUCCAUACGGAAUUUCAUGAUACAAGGAGGUGAUCCUACAAACACUGGUAACGGAGGGACAUCUAUUUGGGGGAAAAAAUUCGAAGAUGAAUUCAAGCCAAACUUGAUUCAUCAAGGCAGAGGAAUUUUAUCAAUGGCGAACUCUGGGCCAAACACAAAUGGAUCGCAAUUUUUCAUCACAUUUCGAUCGUGUAGACAUCUGGAUCGCAAGCAUACCGUCUUUGGGAAAAUAGUAGGUGGAUUAGAAACGCUAAACGCCAUUGAAAAGGUCGAAGUGGACAACAAGGAUAGACCUAUAGAAGAUAUAAUAAUACAGAAAGCUCAGGUUUUUGUUGAUCCAUUUCAAGAAGCCGACGAGCAGUUGAUCGCAGAGCGUGCAGCCGAAGUUGAGCGAUUAGCACAAGAAGCAGCAAAGAGUAAAUCCUCCGACAACGCAGAGAAAAACGAAUUAAAAGUAUAUCGAUCGGGUGUGGGAAAAUAUAUCAGAAUGAAUCAAGGGCAGGACAAAGCGGAAAAGGGCGAGGUCGAGCCUGUAGUCAAGAAGAAAAAGGUCACGCCAAGUUCGUUCGGAGAUUUUUCUUCUUGGUAGAGUAAUUGUAUAAAUUUGAAUUAUUUAUUAUUUUAUAUUUCAAAUGUAAGAUAUUUUCACAAUUAUGUAUUUUAAAUUGUACGACAAAUAAACUAUCAUUUACAUGUU